AUGAUUUAAGAAGACAGCGAAGAACUUUCAGAUAUAGGAAUAGACCUAUCUCUAGAUCUAGAAGAUAAAAAUCUAAACGAUAGAGAAGAUGAUGAAUUUGGAAAUAAGAAUUACUUAAAUGUUAAACAAAAAGAUUUGCUUAAAAUUAGCAGCAAUUUCGAUUCAAUCAACCAUUCUGAAAAAAAUAGUCACAAAGUUCCCUCAGAAUCGCAUUUAGAUCGUAGCUUUGAUUAAGAAAAAGAUAGGAUUUUAGGAUUUAAUCCUGACUAAAGGCCUCCUGAUUUAGAAUUAGCUAUUAAACAUGCACAAGCGAGAAGAGUUGCUUAAAAUAAAAAAUUAACUAUAAAUGACUCAAUUAAAGAUAAUUUUUGUCCUUGCUGCGGAAAUUAAAUCGAAAACGAACUCCUUCCUAUUGGCGUUAACAGAGAAAAGUUAGGUUUUUUAGGAAGUGGAGUACCUUUGUACUUUGAGUGGAUGAUAUUUAUUACAAUAUUGACAUUUAUUUUGGGAGUUUUGUAGAUAUAUUCAUUAGUUAUGAAUAUUUAAGGUAAUGGCUGUGAUGUUAAAAAUUAAUGUACACAAACAUUUUUUAUAUUUGACUUUGAGUUUAAUAGAAUUAUGUCUGCAAAUAGAAGUAACGAAUAUAUUGACCACACUGUUUCAAAGAUAAACUUUUUAGCUACUAUGAUAUUGAUAUUAGUCACUAUUAUUUAUUAGAGUAUAUUCAAGUAAAUAGAUAGGAGAAUGGAAAGUAGAUUUAUAACUCCAAGUCAUUUUACAAUUAUGGUAGAAAAUAUCCCCUAAGGAGUUACGAAUGAGUAGCUAAAAAAAUUCUUUUAUGAAGUAAUUUAGAACGAUUCAAUAGAAAUAGUAAAGAUUGUAUAAGGUUAUGAAAUAAAAGAUUUAUCAGCAAUUUAGAAGCUGAGAGCUUCAGUGAUUAAAAAGGAAAACUCAUUUUUUGGUAGGGAAUUCAAACUAAAAGAUUAGAUAGAAGAAAAGAAGAAAUUUGCUUUGCUAACACCUGAAGAGUAGCAAGAAAUUCUUAAAAAGAAAAAGAAGAAGAAAAACGAGACAACUUUGGAAGAGGAUUUAAAUGAGCUAAAAGAAAUAGAAAACGAUAAAAUAGAAAUACGUAAAAAGAUUCUCAGAAUAGACAAAAAAAUUAAUGAAAUAUGUAAAUCUUACAGUACUCACUUGAGGAACACUGGAUAUGCUUUUGUCUCAUUUAAAAAUGAAGAAAAUGUCUAGAUAGUUACUGAUUAUUUCCCCACUAACGAUAUAGAAAGGUUCUUUAGCUAUAUAUUUUGCUAAAAUAAUAAGUCUUUUAUGGGUUCUUAUAUUAAAGUCAGCAAAGCACCAGAGCCAGGAGAUAUAUUGUGGGAAAAUCUUGUCUAUUCAAAAAAAGAGAGACUUAAAUUUAGAAUUAAAUCAUUGUCAAAAUAAUUUUUAAGUAUUUGCAUUGCUUUUGCUUUAAUUUAUUGUGUUAAACUCAUUUAGACUAUGAUAAAAGAUUACUAUGGAGAGUCAUUACUAAUAGAAGCUAUUGCAUUAUCAAUAUCAGUAUUGACUUUUAUAAUCAACACAGUCAUUUCAAAGCUUAUAAAAAAUUUGGCUGCAUCAGAAAAGCAUCCAACUUAUACCAAAUACCUAAUAAGUGUGGAUUAGAGUUUAGGCAUGGCAUAAUUUAUCAAUUCUAUUUUGAUCAGUGUAAUCAACGAUAAUAUAUAAAAUGGAAGAGAUUUAAUGACAAAUGGAGGAGUAAUUAUGAGUAUAUAGUAUAACGUGCUUGUCAACACUCUUUUCCCAUUAUUCAAUUAAUACUUUAAUAUGUGGUUUGUUGUUAGAUUUAUCAAAAGAAGGAUUAUUAAAAAGUAAGGCGAUAAAUGUCCUAUUACACAGUAUGAAGCUCAUAAAGUAUUUGAAGGAACAACCUUUAACGCUGAUAAAAACUAUGCAAUAAGUAUUCGUUUAAUGCUGAUUAAUUGUUUUGUUGGAUAUCUUUGUCCUAAUAUUAUUUUUUGGAACUUUUUAAUGAUUAUUGCCGAUUACUGGCUAGAAAAGUAUCUUUUAUUGAGGAGGCAUGCUUCUCCUCCUGCAAUAUCUGGUGAAUUGUUCUUUGCAAAUAUAAAAUACUUUAAUGAUUUGUACAUCCUGAUUUUUGCUAUUGGGUGUUGUUACUGGUAAUACAUGAUUUAUGGGAGCAUUGAUGAUUGGACUUAGAUUUAGAUACAGUUUAGUGUUUUUUAUUAUGUGUUACCUAUAUAAAAAAUAAUAAACCUAUGCACCUAAAAUCAAGCAAAUCCAAAUACUCAUAAAACAUAUUAAAAUGUUUCUUAGUAUUUCUUUAAUGAUUAUGAUAGAGCAAACCCUGCUACUGCUUCAUAAGCUUAGUAAUAGUAUAUGUAGAAUAUGCAAACUUUUCUAAAAAGCAAUCAAACUGACCCUGAAGCUAUUAAAAUAAACUCUUCUUUGCUAAAAAGUAGCUUCAUGCAGGCUGUUCCCAUAAAAUUAAUUCCUGAAUCAGAAAAUUUCCCGUUUUUACAGAACAGAAAUAUUAAUCCACUUUUUAAUUAACCAAUUAACUUUCAAUUACUACAGCAGGAUGGAAAGUCGAAUAGAAAAUUAACUUUUUUGCCAAAUCUAAAUGCUAUGCCAAUGCUAAAAUAGCAAUUUUCACACAAACCUCAAACAAAUUAAGAACACCAUGAUCAUAUUGAUUAAUAGGAAAUUGAAAUUAAUCCUAAUUAAUAAAAUGAAUUUGAUAUGAGAAAAAUGAACAGAUACUUUACUUAAUAGCAUUCCAACCAAUAUUAAAUUAAUAUUUUUUAAAUCAAUAAUAAUGAUGCUGCUGCAAGAGUCAACUAGACUCCAAAAAGUAAAUUUUAAAAUUAAGAUAACAAGAACACAGCUUUUACUUAGUAGGGAAACACCUCCAUAAGAAAUAAUAUCUUAGAUUCAAAAGAUAGAGAAAAUAUUUUAGUCACAGAUUAAAUUUUAAUAGAAAAAUCAAAUUUAUAAUGA